AUGGAGGAAGAAAAGGCUAGGGAAUAUCAAGAAUUGGUGAAAUUAUUCAGCAAGGUUGAAGUGAAUGUGCCUUUGCUUACCAUGAUCAAGCAAAUUCCAAAAUAUGCCAAAUUCCUCAAGGAUCUUUGUGUGCACAAAAAGAAAUUAAAGGGGAAUGAAUUGAUAAGUAUGGGAAAGAAUGUUUCAGCAUUACUUCAGCCAGUACCUCAGAAGUGUGAAGAUCCAGGAGUUUUCACCGUGCCUUGUGUGAUAGGAGAUUGUAUCUUUGAGGAUGCGAUGUUAGAUCUUGGAGCUUCUAUUAAUGUGAUGCCUAAAUCAGUUUUUCAGUCAUUAAGAAUUGGACCUUUGCAGCCUACAGGUGUAGUGAUUCAGUUGGCCAACCGUAGUCAAGCACACCUAGCAGGAGUGAUUGAGGAUGUAUUGGUAAAAGUGAGGGAGUUAAUUUUUCCUGCAGAUUUUUACAUCUUAGAUAUGGAGGGUGAUGUGCUUGCAAACAGGGCUCUGCUUAUUCUUGGACGCUCAUUCUUGAAGACUGCUAGAACCAAGAUAGAUGUACAUGCAGGAACUCUUUCUAUGGAGAUAGGAGACACAGUGGUUCAUUUCAGCAUUUUUGAGGCUAUGAAGCAUCCUAGAGAGGAUCAUUCUAUACUUAGCAUGGAUAUCUCGGAGGAAUUGGAUGGCAUGGAGUUCUUGUCAGAUAUUGAUUCAGACUUAGAGGUUUCUGAUUUUGGUAUGGAGAAUGAAUUCGUUGCAUUGUUGGAAGAUAUUUUAGAUGUGGAAUCUGAUGUUAACUUAAGUGAAUGCGUAGGGGAUUGCUUAGGAGAAGCAUUACCCCUAGGAUCGCUCAGAGAGGAAGAGAUUCUGAGACAGCAUAGGAAGGCAAUUGGAUGGACUCUGGCAGACAUUCCUGGGAUCAUUCCUUCCAUUUGUAUGCAUAAGAUUCACUUAGAGGAGGAUGUGAGGCCAGUGAGACAACCACAGAGACGACUGAACCCUUUGAUUUUGGAUGUGGUAAAGAAGGAGGUGACUAGACUCUUACAGGCUGGCAUUAUUUAUCCAAUUUCUGAUAGUAAAUGGGUCAGUCUCAUCCAUGUGGUUCUGAAGAAGUCAGGGGUGACAGUGGUAGCUAAUGAAGAGAAUGAACUGGUGCCCACGGGAGUGAAGAAUUCCUGGAGAAUGUUAGAGCGGCUGGCAGGUAAAUCCCAUUAUUGUUUUCUUGACGGUUAUACUGGUUAUUUUCAUAUUUGCAUCGACCCAGAGGACCAGGAGAAGACUACCUUCACCUCCCCUUUUGGUACAUUCGCAUAUCGUAGGAUGCCAUUUGGAUUGUGCAACGCUCCAGAGUAUGGUAUUGUUUUAGGUCAUAUAGUCUCUAGGAAGGGCAUUGAAGUAGAUUCUGCUAAAGUUAGCACUAUAUCUUCUUUAUCUUACCCCGCAUGCGUGCGGGAGGUUCGAGCUUUUCUUGGACAUGCAGGUUUCUACAGGAGAUUUAUUAGAGACUUCAGUAAGAUUGCUCUACCAUUGUCUCAGCUGCUUCAGAAGGAUGUUUUGUUUGAUUUCGAUCAGAGGUGCAGAGAGGCUUUUGACAGAUUGAAGGAGGCUCUUACUUCAGCACCUAUUAUCAGACCCCCAGACUGGUCCUUACCUUUCGAGUUGAUGUAUCAUGCAGCUUUGAAGUAUCUCCUCAAGAAGCCUGAUGCAAAGCCUAGAUUAAUCAGAUGGAUGCUUCUGCUUCAAGAAUUCGACGUAGAGAUACGUGAUAGGAGCGGGAAGGAGAACUUGGUUGCCGAUCACUUGAGCAGGAUUGAAGGAGACUUGGACCAUUCAGCUAUUGAUGAUGAUUUCAGGGAUGAACAGCUUCUACAGCUGCAGGGUGAGUCUCCAUGGUUUGGAGUACCCAAGGCGAUCAUAAGUGAUCAAGGGUCUCAUUUUUGUAACAGAUACAUGAAGGCUUUGCUACAUAAGUAUGGGGUUACACAUAAAGUUUCUACAUCAUAUCAUCCUCAAACAAAUGGGCAAGCAGAAGUGUCUAACAGGGAGGUGAAAUCAAUUCUUGGAAAGACUGUGAGACCGGAUAGAAAGGAUUGGAGUAAGAGACUUGAAGAUGCACUAUGGGCUUAUAGGACUGCUUUCAAGACCCUUAUAGGAAUGUCUCCAUAUAGGAUUGUGUAUGGAAAAGCUUGCCAUUUACCCGUGGAGAUUGAGCAUAGGGCGUAUUGGGCGGUUAAAGCAUGCAAUCUUGAUAGUGAAACGGUUGGAGAAGAAAGGAAAUUGCAACUUCAAGAACUUGAAGAGAUUAGAUUGGAAGCUUAUGAGAACUCACGGAUUUAUAAAGAAAAGACCAAGAGAUUUCAUGACAAACAAAUUGAGGUGAAAGACUUCCAAAUUGGUGACAAAGUACUUUUAUAUCGAUCUCGUCUCAAAUUGAUUAAAGGUAAGUUGAGAUCUAGAUGGGAAGGACCUUAUUGUGUUACUAAUGUUUUCUUUUAUGGAGUGGUUGAGAUCCAGGAUAUGUCUACUGGCCAGAUUUUUAAAGUUAAUGGACAAAGGCUUAAAAAGUUUCAUGAAGGAGUUAAGGGCUUGGUGGUGGAGGAAAUGGAACAUGUUGAUGCUAUCUACCCGAGUUAG